AUUCAGCAGCAUCAGGACACGACUGUGAUACCGGACGCGCCCAGAGGACAUCUCCGUCUGUCUUCAACAUUAUUAUUAAUAAUACAGACUGUAGGGUUUAUAAAUAUUACACUAUUUGUAUUUAUUUUUAAUUUACUGUAUUAAUAGUAGCAUAUUUAUUCGGUAUCUGUCACGGUACGUUUUUGAAGGCUCAAUCGUUAUCGGUUUUGUAAUUGAUCACUGGAACAUUCUUCGCGACUGGGAGGGUUUGGUUUUUUUCCAUUUAUAAACGAACUGAAGAAACGGAUUUCUCUUCUUUAAUUCUUGAGGUUGAACAAAGCUCCUGUAAAUAUAAAGAUGAGAGAUUUUGACUGCGCUCCAGACAUGAACACUAACAAUUACAACAGCAAGGAGUACAGACCCAUCCAAGUUCUUUCAAAUGGAAUGAGCAAAGCUGCAAAUACAAAGAUGAGUCCUUUCAACAUCGCUCCAGACAUAGACAGCAGCAGUUCCAACAGCAACGAGUACAGUUGUCCCACCAAAGUUCCUCUCAAUGGAAUGCAAUAUACCGACGUGGACGCUGAAAGCCAGAACUUCCUCCCUGAUCAGCUGGGCAAGAAAAAAUGUGAAGCUGAAUAUAGCCCUGGUUCGGCGUCGUUCGGAAUGUCAGUGUUUAACUUGGGCAAUGCCAUCAUGGGAAGUGGAAUACUGGGACUUUCCUAUGCCAUGGCCAACACUGGCAUUGCCAUGUUUGUGAUCCUGCUGGUCGCCGUGGCCAUUUUCUCGCUCUACUCAGUCCAUUUGCUGCUCAAAACCGCCAACGAAGGAGGUUCUCUGGUGUAUGAACAGCUGGGGUACAAGGCAUUCGGGAUUCCUGGCAAACUGGCAGCGUCCUGCUCUAUCACCAUGCAAAACUUCGGAGCUAUGGCCAGCUACCUCUACAUCGUGAAGUACGAGCUGCCCAUUGUCAUCAAGGCUUUCCUGGACUCCAACGACAAUUCGUGGUACACUAACGGCGAUUAUCUGGUGCUCAUCGUCACUUUGGGAAUCAUCCUGCCACUCUCGCUGCUUAAAAACCUGGGUUAUCUGGGAUACACUAGUGGUUUUUCAUUGUUGUGCAUGGUGUUCUUCCUUAUUGUGGUGAUCUACAAGAAGUUCCAGAUCCCCUGUCCGUUACCGGAGAACUUCAUUAACAUCACAGAGAACGUCUCUCAGCCGCAGGUCAACACUACAGAUGAGGAGUGCUGCAAACCCAAGUACUUCGUCUUCAACUCGCAGACUGUGUAUGCGGUGCCCAUUCUGACCUUUGCGUUUGUGUGCCACCCGGCUAUUCUGCCCAUGUACGAGGAGCUCAAAGAUCGUUCCAGAAAGAAGAUGCAGAAUGUUGCAAAUGUGUCGUUCCUGGGAAUGUUUGUCAUGUAUCUGUUGGCCGCUCUGUUUGGAUACCUGACCUUCAACGAGGCCGUUGAACCCGAGCUGCUGCACACUUACUCAAAGGUCUACAAUUUCGAUGUGGUGCUCCUGAUCGUGCGUUUGGCUGUCCUGACCGCCGUGACGUUGACAGUGCCCGUGGUUCUCUUCCCAAUCCGCACCUCAGUCAACCAUUUGCUCGGCGCCUCUAAGGACUUCAGCUGGCCGCGUCACAUCGGCAUCACCGUUGCCCUGCUGGUCUGCGUGAACAUCCUUGUCAUCUUCGUUCCCACCAUCAGAGACAUUUUCGGAUUCAUCGGUGCAUCUGCUGCUGCUAUGCUGAUCUUCAUCCUUCCCUCGGCCUUCUACAUCAAACUGGUGAAGAAGGAGCCCAUGAAGUCUAUACAGAAGAUCGGGGCGACUUUGUUCCUCAUCGUGGGAUUCAUUGUGAUGGUCGGCAGCAUGGCUUUGAUCAUCGUAGACUGGAUCCACAACGCAGGAUCUUCAGGCGAGCACGCAGACGGCCACUAGUGGGCGUGUCCUAACCUUGAUCGACAGGCAGAUGUGCGGAACCGAGCCGCUUACGCUGCAAUUGAGAACUAGAAGAAGCUGCUCUAUUUUCAGCGCAGAGCAAAGACAAACAUCCCAUUCUGAGAGAAUGUCCUGAACUUUGUACAGUAUGCUGUUAGGCCACACAGAUGGUGAUCCACUUGUAUUGUUGUGCUUCUUUUUUUAUGUUGAUUUGCUUUUCUUUUAUGUUGUUCUUCCGGUACAGCUGAGUUUUCGGUGGUACGUCGCACAGGAACGUGUGCAUCAUUCGCAUUUUUAGGUUAGGCGUUUCGUACUCACAACCAAAACGAUUUCACGAUCAACAGCGAGCCGAACGUCGCCUGCAGAUAUGUGUUUCGAUCCAUUUGUACCUUUGCCAAAAAUAUCGGUGUUUGUAAGUAGAAAAGCACUUACUCUUUUUCAGCAAAUGUGAAAAAACUGUAAUUUCGCACAUUUUGGCUGUGCUUUAAUGCGUUCGUUACAAUGCCAUUUAUACUGUACUACUUGAGUCACCUUUACCUGUCGUGUAGAUCUACUAAUGAACAAA